UUGAGCAGACAACUUCUCGCCAGUGUUUACAUGUCUGUACUCCCGAGUUGAAGUGUCGUCCCACAGUUGUGGAUUUGGCUGUAUCUUAUUUGUGAUCGUCAACUGUCUGGGACAAGUAAAACUCUCUGUGAUUCUGUAUCAUCAUGCUGGUAAAAAGCUCUUCAAUUGUGUAUGAUUAGAACGUAGAAGCUGGAUGAUAUUUGACACCUGCAAUGAUCUUUAACCAAAGUUUGCUGUGCAGUAUAGCAGUUAUAGUACUACAAGACCUUGGAGGGACCAGCUCUGCGGAGUGUGAGGAUCUGUAAAUAUGAUUUACUUAGAAAAAUGAUGGAAGUUUUUGGCCCAAAUUGAGAAAAAAGAUGGAAGGUUUUGGCCCAAAGUAGAUUAAAAAUUUUCUUGGUUUUCCUGUGGAACUUGAGAGGAAUGUUAUUCCAAAUGUCAUGUGAAUGAAAGUUGUGCCACUAAAUGAUCAAUAGUAUUUACUGGUAAUAAGAUACUGCAAGAUAUAAGACUGUUUCAAAGAUCCCAGUGAAAUUUAUAUCAGGAGUUCAUUUACUAACAGGGGCCCAACUUUGGUUCAAAUGCACCUGUUUUAUUUGGAACCCCGUGCUUUGUGAAAUAUAUUCCAGUUGCUUAAGCUUUGGAAGAUCGUGCCAAAUUUAAAUCAAAUCUAGAAUUACAAGAUUUGAAGAGUUUUAAAAUCUGAGCUGCUACUGCACACUAGAAAACUGAAGUGGCAGACAUGGCUGAAGCUCGAAGUGCUGUUGCUACACCUCGUGUUCAGAAGAAGGACCUUGGAACAACAGAUUCUGUUGACGAUCUUGUAAAAUCCUAUCGACAGAUGAUCGUUCGAAGUUAUUUUCGUAUGAGGAACUCGAUCAGGAAUGGCGUUUGGCCAACAUCGACGAACAACCUUGGUGUUGCCUGCGGGUUCUCGCUCUACCUGCUGGAGUAUGAGCCCGCUUCAGGACGAUGCAUCACGGAGCACCUGAAAACAGCCGUUGCUGCUCUUCCGCUGCCGGAGGGAACUCCGAGAUGGCUGAGGAACUUGCUCGGGUCGAUGGGAAUAUCGUUUGUGUUCUUCAUAACCUUGAUGAAAGUUCGACAGUACCUACUCCGGAUCCUUUUAGCUUACAGAGGGUGGAUGUACGAGAACGUGAGAGAAGUCUCUUUCAAAACGAAGCUGUGGGGCCUCACUGUCAAAUUUGUGUCUGGGUAUCAGCCAUCUCUCUACUCAUUCCAGCGCUCUCUCCCUCGAAUGCCCGUCCCCCCUUUGGAUGAGACCCUAAGUAAAUUAUUAGAGGCCUUGAAACCCUUAUGCUCUGAAGAAGAGUACAAACAGUACAAGCAGGAUGCUGCAGAUUUUGAGUCCACAAUUGGCUGCAGGCUUCAGCGACUUUUGUAUCUAAAGUCAUGGUGGGCGCCCAACUAUGUUUCAGACUGGUGGGAGAAAUAUGUGUACUUGAUGUCUCGACUGCCCCUGGUCAUCAAUUCAAACUACUAUGCAUUAGACCACUAUACCUGGACACCUACAAACAGACAAAUAUCAAGAGCAGCAAACGUUGUGAAUUCAGUUUUACAAAUCAAACGUCAGAUUGAUAGAGAAGAGCUUCAGCCCCUUCUGCUUCGCAAUACAAUUCCUGUCUGCAUGGCUCAGUAUGAACGACUUUUUUCUACUGUCAGAGUACCUGGUAAGGAAAUUGAUGAGCUUAUGCAUUUUGACUCAAGAGAAUCUCGACACAUUGUAGUAUGGCGACAAGGACUUUUCUACCAACUGGAUAUGUAUGAUGAGAAAAAUCAGAUCCUAUCUGUCACUAUAUUGGAAAGACUCUUCCAGGAAAUCAUAGAUGAUGCAGAUAAACACAAAGAAUGUGUCAGCCAGAGUGAACGAAGUGUUGCAGCUCUUACUGGACUCCCCAGAACAGAAUGGGCAAGCAUAAUGAAGCAGAAUUUUACGUCUGGUAUCAACAAAGAUAACAUGAGACUUAUUCAGACAGCUAUAUUUAUGGUUAUUUUGUUUGAUGAACCACCGGAAGACAUCAAUUCCAAAGCUAAAGCACUCCUUCAUGGUGAUGGACGUUCAGUGUGGUUUGACAAAAGUGUAAACAUAUGUUUUUUCCCCAAUGGCCAGUGUGGUCUCAAUGUAGAGCAUUCCAUGGCUGAUGCACCAGCAAUAGGCCAUGUCUGGGAAUAUGCUAUGACUAUGGAAGUGAUCGAAAAGAGGUAUCUGGAAAAUGGCCAAGCUAUGCCACCUCCUAAAACAUUUAAGCAGAGCAAUUUCAACGCGCCUCGUCGUAUAAUCUGGGAUAUUACGGAUGCACUAGAGAAAGAAAUCACGAGAGCUUUUGCAUUUAAUCAGAAGAACAACAGUGACCUGGAUCUUGAAAUUCGCAAUCACUGUAGAUUUGGUAAAGGCAUGAUCAAGAAAGCCAGAAUUAGUCCUGAUGCCUUCAUUCAGAUAGCACUUCAGCUAGCAUAUUAUCGUGAUAGUGGAAGAUUUUGCCAGACAUAUGAGGCAUCUGCUACAAGACUUUACCAGAAUGGACGAACAGAAACUGUUCGUUCAUGCACUGAAUAUACCACUGCAUUUGUUCGAGCAAUGGUCAGUGGGAAGUGUUCAAAGACCGAAUUGAUGCAGCUCCUCCGAGAUGCAGGUGAAAACCAUCAAAAGCUGUAUAGGGAUGCCAUGAAUGGCCAAGGCAUUGACCGUCACUUGUUUGCUCUAUUUGUUGUAUCAAAAGGACUUGGUUAUGAAAGUAAAUUCCUUGAGGACAUCAUAAAGAGGCCAUGGACCCUAUCCACAUCCCAGCAGCCUCAGCAACAAAUACAAACAGAUGCUCCAGAUAUCAACUUGGAAGUCUUCAGGAAAAUGUGUUCUCCAGGAGGUGGCUUUGGCCCUGUGUCAGAUGAUGGCUAUGGUGUUUCAUACAUGCUCCCAACUGAGUACAACAUUUUCUUCCAUGUCUCCUCAAAGAAGUCAUGUUCCUCCACAGACACUCGGAAAUUUUUAGACAUCUUGUUCAAGAGUAUGGAUGACAUGAGACUACUUUUUGAUAAUUCCAAUCUCGAAGAUGAUAACAGCUAAUUUCACGCUUUGGGUAAAUCUUGCUUUACAUAAUUUAGCUUCUCUUUUUCAUAUAUCUAGUUUAGAAUAAUACUCAAGUCUUUCAUUAUUGUAAAUGUAUAUAAUAUACAUGAAAGCAAUAUCAAUGCAAUUGUUAGGAGAAUAUUUACAGCAUAAAAAGCAGGCUAAAUAACUUGACAGUUCUGUAAAUUUUAGCUUAAGCCUACUUUCUUAACUUGACAAUCUUCAUAUUCAGCCACUAUUCUCAGGAAAACAAGAUUUUGAUUUUUCGGGUAUCUUAUUGCACAUUCUAUAUGAAGUAUUGAUAGUAAAUGUUUACUGAUAUGUAUUUAGAAAAUAUUGUGUCAGUCAUAAAGAUUGGCAGCUUCUUUAAUUGCAGGGCAGUAUAAGCAUUCCAUACUGGACAAUUACAAGCUGGGCUGUCUAUAUAAGAGUUGCUUUUAAGCAAUGCAGGGUUGAUAAACAAUUUGAUAAUUACACUGGCAUAGAAUCAGAUUCCAUAAAGAGUGUUAUUUGAAUUCUGUGGACAAAUUAUUAAGACAGGAAUUAGAAUUCACUGAGCAGUUUAAAAAAGCAUGCAGGUACUUUUAAGAUAUUAUUUGUGAUAUUUUAAAGGAACAUUUUGGCUGAUUUUUAGAAGCAUGAAGACAAUUAGAUUGAACUCUACAUAUGCUGCCCCCUUACAUAAUUUAACCCAGUCAAGCGUUUAAACAAAGUAUCUUCACUAUUUGAAAACUACCAGAAAUACGGUAAGGAAUCAUUGUAAUAAUCUUUAUCUUUGAUAUUAAUUUAAAACAGUUUUAAGAGAAUUUAUGGGCUACAUUACAGGAAAUUUUAUAUCAGCCUUUGUGUUAAAAUUGGUGACCAUUGGAUAUGAAAAUGAGUCAUACAUAAACUGUUUAGUGUGGUUCAUGAGCUACAGUUUUGGUUUGUGAAAUAAUUCUUUUGCUGCUUCAAGUGUCUAGCAAGGAUAUUAAAUUAUUCAGUGGUAUGAAACAUGACUGUAAAGUACUUUCUACGAGGUGAGCAGAAAUCAAACUUUUAAAUUUUUUUAAGAAGUUAUUUAUGAUUACUAUAAUUGUUUAUCCAGACCACUGAGUUGGUAUAGUGUUGAGCUGGCCAUAGAAUUUUAGGUAAAUAAAUUUGGCAAAAUGGGCUUGCUCUUUAUCAGAAUAACUAUUUUGAAGAUCUUUACAUAUAAAGCAGUCCACUGUAUUUUACAAGUACGGUAGUACAUAGGAUUUUUAUGAGUUCUUUCUGUGAUAUACAAAUUGAUGAAAGAAACUACAAAUGGAAAUGUGAAAUCUUCAAAAUUAUUUAAUUUCUCACUGGGUAAAUCAUUGUUGUACUAUUAUGUUGGUUAUUACUGUUGCUCUGUGACAAUACAAGUGUUAUUACAUAAUGUCUUAUAGUACUUAUCAUUUUUUUAAGGUCAUUUACUAAGUUGAGAAUUAGUUUCUUAAUUUUCAAAAUACUUGUAACCUUUUGUUGUUGGAUGGUAUGGUGUGAGUUUGUUUUGCAUACCAUACUUUAAGUAUACAGUGGUCUCCCCGUAUUCGCGGGGGAUGCGUACCAGACCCCCCCGUGAAUAGUUAGAACCCGUGAAUGUUUGGAACCCCUAUGAAAAUGCUAAAAACAGCCUAUUUUUUUAGUUAUAACUUAAGAAAAACCACUAAAAAUUUUCAUACUUGGUUUUUUUAAUAGUUUUAUCACAAAAAGUGCAUUUUAUGAUGAAAUUCAUAAAAAAACCAGGAAUUUGUGGAUAUUUAUCAUAGAAAAAUACUGCGAAUGCAUGAAUUUUCCGCGAAUAAUGCGGGGAAACAUUCCCCAGAGAAAUCCGCGAAUGUGUGAGUCCGCGAAUCUGGAGAACGCGAAUACGGGGGUCCACUGUGAACCAGUUAUUUUACAUAUACAUUUAUAUGACUAAAGCUGGAAAACCAGAAGUCUCAAAAUUAACAAAAUGGCAGUGAGAUGUUAGCUAAAUAAGUUAGUCACCACUUCACUCAUUGCAACUUGUUUUCUACUGGUCAGGGUUCAUAAGAAACCUAUGAUUAUGCUUUUGGUCUGCAUUUACCUUCACUUGUGAAUCUUUGAUGAAGAACACACACACACACACACACACACACACACACACACACACACACACACACACACACACACACACACCCCCCCCCCCCCCCCCCACCCCCCCCCCUUGGAGGAUGUGAGAUUAGCAAUACAAUGAUUGCAGACAGUUCUGUUGUGGAACAGGAUUUGUGCUACUCACUCAGGAAUGCAUAACAGCUCUCUAGUUGCCUAUGAAGAUAGCUAAUGAAAGAUUUGUUUCAAGUCUGUUACAUUUAGGAAAUUAAUGAAAAAUUUGAUUUACAGUAUUUUUGUUAAUAUGCUUUCACUGCCUUUGUAGAUAAAUGUUUUUCCCGUCUCACAGCGUUUGUGAGUAUCUGAUUAUUGUGCUUUUUAAAUGUUGUAUAUCUGUCCAUUAAUGCUCACUUUUGAUCUCUGAUAGACACUUUGACUGCGUUAUUGAUUUUGGUUCAAUCUUACUCUUUUUAUUGAUCUACAUAGCAUUCAUAACAUUUUAAUGGGUGCAUUUACAUAAGAGUUCAUGUUUAACAAUUUCCUUGUUUCCUCAGAUAUCCAUAAUCUGCAUGUAAGCCAUUCUCCUGAAUUCAAAGAUGGAUUCAUCUGACGUGAAAAAUAAGUAAUAAGAAUGCAUGCAUCAUUAACAAAUCAUUUUGUAAUUUGUGAAAAUUGCAAUUAUUCACCAUUUGCAUUCUGGUAAUCUUUAGUAUCAGAAUCAUCUGAUGGUUGAGUGUUAAUGAAAUUAUUAUUACUCUGUGUUGUCAAAUGAAAGCUGACUGAUUACUAUUUUGACACUGUCGCUUCCAGUAGUAUUACACAGUUGCAAAGUGAAACCUAAUUCAGAUAUAUAUAUUUUGUAAAUUAACAUAGCUGGGAUAAAAUUGCUGCUUGAAUUUAUCUAUACAUGCAGUAAAUUUCAAAUAAAGUAUAGAUGUGAUUUCACAUAUUUUGGAUGUUGCUUUCACCAAUUCCCUAAACAUUUUACAGCUUGCAUAUUAUUUGUUUCUUCAGCUGCUAGGACCAACCUCCAGCUUAAAUUUGGCUGUUUAUUUCAAGACCACCUGCUCCUUUGUGUAGAUUAUGAAUACAGAUUUUUUUAACCUAAGGAAGAUUUUAACAAGUCAGCAACUAUACUGCAAUUCUUCAUAAACAUGCAAUAGUUAAUGUAACUAACGAUAGCAAAGGUGUUUCUUGAUUCAGUUGUUCAUGUCUGUACUUCUUGUUUGUUCCAGUGCAUUAUGUAUGAAUUGCUAAAUGGUUAAUAAUUACAAGAAAUAAUAAUGAAUUAUCAGACAAGCCAUGUCAUAAUGUAUGACAGCUAGUCAAAAGCUAAUUUAUACUCGUAUGUGCAUUAUCAAUGGAAUCUAUGGAAACCCAAGUGUGUUGAGGCAUAUUUAGAUUCCUAUUACAGUACUGGCACUAAUAAUCAUACCAGUAAUACUACUACUAAUAAUAGUAUACUUGCAUUAGUAAUGUUUAAAUAAAUAGAAUUAUUAGUCAGGCCAGGUAGCAUUGACCAUCUGGGGUAAAACUAGCCUACAGUAGUGAGCAUUUAGAAUAAAAUUAGUUAGACCCGGAAGUGAUUUUUUGGAGCCAUCCUUUAGAAAAUUGAAGAAUUUUACACGCACAAAGAAGUCAUAGAAGAUUGGAAAGGAGUGCUGUUGUCCUUCAGGCUGGUAUUGGAUGUUUUGUCUGUGCACGGUUUGCUUUUGGUAAUGAGACCUAGACAUAAAUUCAUUGCUUUUGAGAAUUAUCUGAAGUAACAGAGAUUUAUAUUUUAGUUAAAAUAUGAAAAUUGUAUUGUGUGUAUUAUUCUUGCAGGUUUCUGCUAGACAACCACCAAUACAUUUUUGGUUCAUAUUAUUGGCUGGAUUAAAUUUGUAAUAAUUAGGCAUAUGUAUAUAUUUUUUUAAUUUUUAAUGAUGUCUGGAUGAUUAUUUAGGUUACAAUGUGCAACUUUAUGAAGAAAGAGAUAAAAUUCUAGGUCAAACUGAGUUUUUAUGCUUAGUAGAAAGACUGAUAAGAUGAGGCCUAAACAUCCUUCAUCCUAUUUCUUAGUAUCAUACAUUAAGAGAACUCAUUCAUAUAGAGUUAAAUAUUUGUUAAAAUGCUUAAACUUGUGAAUGGUAUUUAUAAACUUGAUGAAGUAAAAUAAGCAAGAGCUUGAAAAGUGAAUUUUGCCUAUUUAUUAUAAAUCUAUUAAAAUAAUAAGAAUUAUUUUUGUCAAUUUCAAGGUGCUCUACUUAACUUGAGAUUAGAGGCAGUAUUUGUAUAUUAGGACCAAUUACAAAUCAAAUUUAGUUCAUAUGUUUGAGUGGUACUGUAUUUCUAUAAAGUUAGUCUCUCUCAUUCAUGGGAAUUUACAAGAAACACAAUGUAGUACUUCUGUCCUUUUGCAAGUUAUGCCUCUAAAAACUUGAUAUCUUGUAUAAUGCAAUAAUGAAAUUUACAUUUUGAAGAACAGGUAAGCUUCAAAAGAUUGGAAAGAGUAUUUAGUUCAAUAUGGUUAGUCAAUAUGUGUGGUUUCUCUAUGUAAUAUCUAAGCUAUAAAUAUGUUUGUCUAUGUAGUAUCUAAGCUAUAAAUAUGUUUCUCUAUGUAAUAUCUAAGCUAUAAAUAAUAUCCAUGUAUUGAAAGGAUAUAUAACUGAUAUAAUUUGUCAAUAAGAUAUUUAUUACCAUAUUACAAACCCUUCGGGCCAGUCGUGUAAACUGAAAAUGUCAACACAGUGGUUUAAUCAAGUUCUGCAGUUAUAGUAAUAACAAUCACCUUGUACAAUUUUGAUUAAAUAUUAUAAUUUGUGACUAUUCACCUUAUUAAUUUUUAAAAAUGCUGUAAUUUUUAUAUAGUCUAUAAAGAAACAAGCCUUUAGUGGAACCUUAUGAAAACUCAGUGGUCUGGUUAAAUUAUUAAGUACGUACUAGUCUAGUUAAAUUACCUAAGAGUUGCAGUCGCUAUAAUACUAUUAAUAAUAAUUAGUGUUUGAUCCUAACAAUUUUUUAUGCACUUUGUCAAAAAUGCUCCCAAAAUGCAGUAAUUUUAUAAAGACUUCCAGAGCACAAUCUGUGCUGCAUUACUUCUAAUUAAAAGGAAUUUUAAACUUUGAAAACAAUUGCAGUUCUAUCCUGAAUCGUUAAUUUGCUUUUGAACAUGCAAAGUGUGAUGGAAACAUUAAUGAUGCAUGAUAAAAAAAAAGCUUGAUACUGGUGCCCAAACCAAAUUCAAUUUGUUAACAUCCGAUCCCUUCUUAUCCUUCAAUAUACUGUAUUAAUCUUCAAAGAAAUAUAUACCUACUGUGCAUGUUGUAAGCUAUAACACAUUUCCUGAUUUUUUCCCCUUUUUUUUAUGGCAUGAUUAAUAAAAAGUUCAGGAAAACAAACCAGCAAGCCAAAGCAGUUAUUUGCAAAGAUGUGGAUAAUUGCAAAUAUUCUCAUUUUCUCAUUGGUGUAUGCAGGGAGGAAUCUUUCAAAUCUUGUUCAUGACAAUACAGUGUUGUAAGAAUAAGCUUGGAGAAUCAGGAAAUAAUGACCUCAUAAGUGUAUAUCAGAUCUUUACUUGAUAAUAGUAUACAGUGGUACCUCGAGAUACGAGUUUAAUUCGUUCCAGAACCGAGCUUGUAAGUCAAUCGGUCGUAUCUCAAACGAAUUUCUCCCAUUUAAAAUAACUGAAUUCGAUUUAAUCCGUUCCGGAUCUAUGAAAAAUCCCCAAACCAUUGUAAAUUAUGAAUAAAGAUAUGUUUUUAUAUACCAAAUAAACAUGUAUAAUUAACAAAUACAUAACAAAAUAUGAAAUAAAGAAAUAAAAGAGUUAUUUAGCAUAAUAGUCUUACUUUGGAGACAGACGAGUGCGGCUAAUGAAGGUGAACGGCGAGGAGGAGGGAGGGGGAAGGGAUGUAGGCACUCUAGACACGUACGUAAACGGUGCUUUUUUAGAACUUAAAACUAUUUUCGUAACUUUAAAACUAAAACUACACUUUCCUUAUUUCAAAUGAAAGAAAAAACUUAAAACAAUGCACUUAACUUUAAACUUAAACUAAGCUUAACAUUUGCGAGUUCAAUCACUCGUACGCCACGCUCAUGUUUUUCUAUUAUUUCUUGCUUUAGUUCUAUCGACAUCAUCCUCUUCUUCCUGUCACCAUUGUCCUUAGCACUCACUUUCUUCGGGCCCAUGAUCAACACACAAAAAAGUUCAGUAAUCACGCAAAAAAAAAAAAAAAAAAAAAAGAAGAAGAAGAAGAAGAAGUACAGCGCACAAGAUACACUUUGAUUCAAGCGGGUAACACGUGCAAGUGAGCGAGAGAUGCUCUCGGAUGAUGCUCGACCCUGCGCGCCAACUAGCGGGACGCUCCGGAAACACGGCUCGUAUCUCGGAUUUGAAUGGAAAUAUGGCCCGAGCUCUGGCUCGUAUCUCAAAAAACUCUUAUGUUAGGCUGCUCGUAUCUCGAGGUACCACUGUAUAUCAAAACCCACAACUACCUUGGGUUAUGUGUCAUGAUAGGUCAGGGACAGAUCAUUAAAUCUUCAGCUAUCUGCGUUACACUGCCUACAUAAAAUAGUGAAAAGUUGGGGACACCUAAGAGUCAUAGUGGAGAUAUUGAUUAUUAAAAGCCCUUCAGUGCUCUUAAGCUAAGUAAAUGCUGUGACUACUGCUUUCUUCAAGUUAAAAUUUGCCUAAUUUAAAGUUUUAAAAGGAAAUUAACAUGCCUAAUUUAAAGUUUUAAAAGGAAAUUAACAUAGGUAUAUAUUUUAACAAAAUAUUACUUCAGCUCUCUAUAAUAUUCAGUUACAAAUAAAUGCAUUUCAGUGUGAUAUUACCAAAGAUGACCAAAGAUGGCUGUAUUUAACUA